AUGGGCACGCUGUGCACGUCUCCCACAGUGGACGACUCGGCGGCUGCCAUGGGAGAUGAUUCAGUGAACAUCACUGGGAGCAAUCUGUCAGGAUCUAUCGUUUGGGGCCCGGAUAAAGUUUCUGCACGCGAGAGCGUCGAGUCCCUCCGUCGGCUCGUCGCUCGUGGCCUGCAGAAGCAGCCCCACCGGAUCCGACUGGUGAAGGACAGCGAAGUCCUCCAGGGCGAGUCGACCCUGGCAUCUCGGGGUCUCAAAGGUGAGGUCCAGCUGCAGGUGCUGACGCAGGAUUUCACCGAGAAAAUCAAGGAGAUGCAGGCUUCCAUGGGCGUGAAGAUCAUGCCCGGCCUGUCCGAUGCAGAAGUGGGGAAAGCUGAGGCGUUUCCGUACCUCGCGCUGCUGGUCGGGCAACUAUUGAUCUUGGCUACCUACGCACAAGCUUUCUGGUACGCUGGCUUCAUCAUGGAUGACACGGUAGGUGUUUCCAGGAAUCCAAACGUGGUUGGGGAGGCUUUCUCCUUCAACGAGCUGAUGCGAAGAGACUUCUGGGGCCUUCCGAUGCACGGGUCGGGCUGGACCAACAAGUCUUUUCGGCCUCUCACCACGCUGACAUUCCGAUGGAACUAUCUGCUGCACGGUCUCGAUUCCUCUGGCUUCCACGUGACGAACGUGCUCCUUCACAGCUUGACUUCGCUUCUUGUAGGACGCACUGCGACGGUGGCUCUGGGCUUGCCGGGCUCCUGGGCAGUCGUUGCUUCCGUCUUCUUCGGGAUCCAUCCCGUGCACACAGAGAAUGUCCUCUACCUCGUCUGUCGCGCAGACAUCCUAGCUUGCCUUCUGGGGCUUAUGGCAAUAAACGCCUACGGCGUGUUCUUCAGCCCGCCUGGUUCCCUGAGGCCUCUUUGGACGAGCCUUCGAGUCCGGCCUUUCGAUUCGCACUGCUUCACCCCCUCUCUGGGCGAAGGUGCAUCUCAGAAUCCGGUUUGGCUGGCCGUGCCGGUGGCACUGAUUGUCGCCAGCGGCUUGUGCAAGGAGUCCGGCUUCACACUAUUCGCAAUUCCUUUCUUGAUGGAGCUGCUGGACUUCCUGACAGCACAGGCCCUAGCGCAUCAUCACAAAGAGCGUUUGGGACGGCGUGUCAUUCGGCGCUUGAGGCUGCGGGUAGGACUACUGCUGGCCAGCACCAUCUGUGUCUUCGUCGCCCGCUAUCGCCACACUGGAGGAACCAAGCUGAACAUGUCGCCCCAAGACAAUCCGAUCAGCUUCGAGUCGGAGUGGAAGGCUCGGGUCCUGUCCUACUCUUUUCUGCAUGGCGUGUACAUGAGGCUGCUGGUCUGGCCACAGUAUCUGUGCUACGACUACUCCAUGGAUGCCAUCCCGAUCGUGCGUGAGAUGACGGACUGCCGAAUGCUCCUUCCAUUGGCCGCCUACGUGGGUGCCAUUGGAACGGUCAGCUUCGUCAUGCAGCUCCCGGCUCGGCACAGACGCGCGGGUCUCAUCGCGCUCGCUUUGCUGGUGAUUUCAUACCUCCCGGCUAGCAACAUCCUCUUUCCAGUAGGUACUGUUGUAGGAGAGCGCCUGCUCUAUGUGCCAUCUGCUGGCUACUGCCUUGCUGUGAUCGUGGUGCUACACGCUUACCUUCAAGGUGCUCAGAGUAGACCGUGGGUUCUGCCGCGACGUCCAGAGCAAAAUGGCACUCGGCACAUCAGUCGUGCCGGUGCUCCUCAGGUCCUUGGGCAGCAGAUCCACAGCUGGGGUGUCGGCAGCGGCCGAGCCGAGGCGAGGCUCUUGAUGGCCCAAAGAAGCAAAGAUAUGAGGGGGGGGAGGGGGGGAUUUCCCGAAAAUUAG